AUGGAAGAAAAGAAAAAUGAUACUAAUGAACCAACAGUUGGUUCUAAAAGAACAUGGACAGAUGUAAACUAUAAGUUUUGUAAAGAUGAAGAUAAACAAAGUGUCGAGGAAAUUCAAACAGAAACCUCAUGGGAUGAUGUGGAUUGGGAUACAGUUAGAGAACAGACAGCAAAGAUGAUGGUUGAAAAAGAAACAGAAAAACUUUCAGAAAACGAUAGAGAUCACCAUGAAACUAACGCUAUGGAUUAUUGGGAUAAAUUUUAUAAAAAAAAUAAUGAUAAAUUCUUUAAAGAUAGAAAUUAUUUACAUUUAGAGUUUCCAGAAUUAAAUCCAUUAAAACUUACAAGAGAUCAAACAUUUUUAUUUUUUGAUGAAGGUGAAAACACAACUAAAGAAGAACCAUUAUACCAAGAUCAAAGAGAUUUAGAGAAACAACAAAGAUUCGAAAAAGAGAGAAGAGAAAAGAUUGCAGCUUUAGGCGAUCCUGUAGCAAUUAAAGAGGGUUGGAACAAAUGUAUUAAAGAACUAACAGUCGACAAGAAUGGUAAUGAAAUUAAUAAACUUCAAGUUUUAGAAAUCGGAUGUGGUACAGGCGCAACUGUUUACCCACUUUUAAAAUUAAAUCCAGAGAAAUACUUUAAUGUUUUCGAUUUUAGUCCACACGCAGUUAAUUUAGUUAAAUCAAAUCCAACAUACAACGAAAACCAGCUUAAAGCAUUUGUUUGCGAUAUUGCUACCGAAGAUUUACCUCAAUCAAUAAUCAAAGAUAACUCGAUCGAUUUAAUGUUAAUGAUUUUUGUAUUAUCUGCAAUUUCACCUGAAAAAAUGUCAAAUGUUGCAAACUCUUUAUUUAAGGCUUUAAAACCAGGUGGCAUUUUAUAUGUAAGAGAUUACGGUUUAUAUGAUAUGACCCAAUUACGUUUUAUGUCAAAGAAAGGUAAAAAAAUCGAUGACAAUUUUUAUCUUCGUGCUGAUGGAACCAGAACCUAUUUCUUUACCAUCCAAAAAUUAGCAGAAAUUUUUGAAGCAGCUGGAUUUAAAACUUUAGUUUCACAAUACGACACCAGAGAAUUAAGAAAUAGAAAGAAGAUGAUUUCAAUGUAUAGAGUUUGGGUUAGAGGAAAAUUCAUGAAACCAUUCGAUAGUGAAAAUAGCAAUAACAGCAAUAUACUCGAUUUAUUUGAACAAUCUAAAACCCCAAUUAAUAUUAAUGAAUUGGAUAAUAAAAAAAAAGAAAACAAUAGUGGCAUUAAAAACGACAACAAUAAUAAUAAUGUAGAAACCAACAAUACCACCACCGAUACAACCACCACAUCGACAUAA